ACUGCUUUCAGUGUUGGAAAGACGUCACUGAUGAACCAGUAUGUAAACAAAAAGUUCAGUAACCAGUACAAAGCAACAAUAGGUGCAGAUUUUUUAACAAAAGAAGUUAUGGUUGAUGACAGACUUGUGACGAUGCAGAUCUGGGACACUGCUGGUCAAGAGAGGUUCCAGAGUUUGGGCGUGGCGUUCUACCGCGGUGCGGACUGCUGUGUGUUAGUGUUCGACGUGACCAUGCCCAACACAUUCAAGUCACUGGAUAGCUGGAGAGACGAGUUCCUCAUUCAAGCCAGCCCACGCGACCCAGAAAACUUCCCAUUUGUAGUCAUUGGCAACAAAAUUGAUUUGGAAAACAGAGUGGUAAGUAAAUGUUUACAGAUACCAGGAAAUAUACUGACCCCCAAAAGAAACUUUACAAGGCUUGAAAUUGUAUUGUAGAAAACCAAAAUCAAU